GCUGCUGCGCUGUAGUCGACCAUCAUAAAGGCGUCUCCAUUGCCUUUUCAUUGUCCAUCUGCGACUAGAGCUCGUCAACGGCUGGACCAAAAAAUCCCUUCUUCAAUUCGUUCGCCUCCUUGCCCUUGGCGUGGAUGCUGAUCAUCUACCAAAAUGUUGCUGAAAAGUCUCCUGCUCGGGGCGUCCUUGCCCAUGGCCGCAGUUCAGGCUGCCGGCUUCAACUGCGCAUCCUUCUGGCCAUCCCUCAAACCUGGAGAGUCUGGCACUGUUAACGCAAACUGUCACAUGUACCCAGGCUACCCGCAGACUAUAGGUACGACUAAGGUGACGGUGGUGUAUACCGAUAAGUGGCAGGGCAGUGUCGGCAUUAUCGACGACCACCUCAAUGAAGCAAUUGUCCGGAGCAUCGCCAUCUACGGUACCUUGACCACGCCGCCCGACAUAGUCAUUAUUCUCGGAGCUAGCAACCAUGCCGGAAACGAAGCGCUUAGAACCAUCAUGCCCGAGCCUCACGGUCCAUGCCAGAUCCGAACAUUCAGGUGGUGGGCAGCCAACCCAGGCAGCGAGAUGACGCCUGUGGACAUGCAAGGUGUUGCCCAAGAGAUAUAUCAAUGCGUCCAAAGAUCAGUGCUUGGAUAUGGACCGAGACAUACACCGACUGAUUGGGUGUUGGACGCCUCGGCCGACUACUUCAGCAAUGUCGUCUUUCCUAACGCCAACGCCGAGGUGCACACUGAGACAACCUACCAGCCUGACGUGCCUAUCUGGAAGCAGAAGAGAUACGUCCCCUCCCUGUGGUUUCAGUCGCUUGAGUGGGCUUGGGGAAUUGUCCACCUGCACGAGUUUGUUAUGUCGACGACCUUCAAGGCCAGCGACGACGAGGAGCGAGCCCGACUAAGCGCCAUUCCCAGAUUCAGCGACAAAUUCUUUCUUUUCGCGCUCCAAUUCUCUUUCAAUCGCAUCUACGACACAAAUGACAAAAAAGAUGUGGUCCAGAACCCGCCUAAAUAUGCCAAGGCGGUUUGGUCCAUGAACAACGAUAAGACCAAGGGAACGGUAGAGUUAAAGACGGUCCCCUUCACCAUGUCUGGCUUCGAGUUGCAGCUCGACGCCGGGCAGAAGGUCAAGAUCUACUCCUCGGCCACGGAGAAGCAACGAAUAGCAUGGCUUCGAAAAGGUGAAGAGUUCUGGAAAUACGUCCCCAUUAGUGAUUCUAGCGACGGCUCCGAAGGUAUAUUGAAAAUCCCAUGUGCUAGCGGCCCUCAGAGUAUUCGAAUACUAUUCAUCUCAACCGAGAACAAGGCCUCUGAUAAAACGAAAAUUCACUAUAUCCAGCAGUAUAAGGAUGGCAAUUGCUGCAAAAAGAGCCCGAAAAAGGGGCACUCGGCCAAGUGCCCAGCAAACUCCGCGUCCACCGCUACUAGUUCAGCUCCGAAACCUACCGCUUCAUCCCCCGGCUCCGGUUCUCGUUCCUGCUCUGGAUCCAGCAUCCCUAUGGACCCCUGCUUGAUCGGCCACUCGUGGAGCCUCGAUAUUCCCAGCACACGCAAGCUCAUGAAGAAGCAACUCUUCAAGUUGCCCAGCAUAACCGUCACCAGCGUUGAAGUAUCCGGUGCUAGCAGUCUUGAUUUCGACAAGAAGAGCGUCAAUUUUGCAUACAAAGGACUCAAGACAUCAGUUGGCGUGAAGGCAGAAGGCCUUAAGGCUCCGAUCAGCGUCACCGUUGAUGGAAAGGCCUCAGGUCGGUUCUUUAUCAAGUCCGGAGGGAGUGGCUCGGGAACUGCUUGUCUUGCCUACACUUCAGGGAAGGGCACGGCCAAGGCGGUACUGCCCAUUUUCGGGGAUAAGACCUUUGAUCUGGCUCCAGGAGGAGGAUAUCUCGAAAAUAUGGAGAUCGACUAUACUUGCAGUGACGGCAAAGUGACUAUUGCGAGGUCUAGAGGGGAGAGUUCCCUCACAAGCGGAGGUCCUGGCUGGGGUCCGUUCUCAUACAAUGCUUCGUAGUGAUUUAGCUACAUAUGAGCCGACUGUUUAUUCA